UUUGGCUGCAACGUGCUGAGCGCCCGGGCCAAUAACACGGCCGAACCCCUGAAAUUCCCCAUCGCGACACCGAGUAACGGAGCGGAUGCAACGCUGGAUUUCCGCCCUAUCGCUCUGAAGUCUGGACGCGUUUUCAAUUUCCGGUGGCACGUGCGAUGACAGCUGCGUGCUAGUUCUGCAGUAUGUACCUAUAUAACUGCACCGUCCCGCUGCCAUGAUCGCCGUGGGGGUGCAAGCUGUGUCACCGCGCGGACCCUGCCCACCCACAGCUCACCAUGAGGCCAACACCGGUGCUCUGCUGGGCCCUUGCCGGCUUCCAGUCGCUGGCUGCCGCCCUGACCAUUGCCGAGAUCAACGGUAACAAGUUCAUCUCGCCUUACUCGGGCAAGUCCGUGACGAAUGUGACGGGCCUGCUGAUUGCCAAGGGACCCAACGGCAUCUGGAUCCGGUCGACAACGCCAGAUGACGACGAGGCCACGUCGGAGGCCGUGUACGUCUUCAGCAACAGCGUGGGCGCCAACUUGACCGUUGGGGACAUCAUCAGCCUGGACGGGAAAGUGUCCGAGUACCGUUCGAGUGCCACGUACAUCUAUCUGACCGAGAUCACCUCGCCGAAGAACGUGCGCGUGCUGUCAUCGGGACACACAGUGACGCCGCUCGUCAUUGGCAAGGACACUCCGUCGCCCCCGACAGCGCAGUACAGCAGUCUCGAUGGCGGCGACAUCUACAGCUUGCCGAAUGCAGUCGCCAACAUAUCCGAGGCGAACCCCAUCCUGGAUCCCGCGAAGUACGGUCUAGACUUCUGGGAGAGCCUCAGCGGUGAGCUGGUCACAAUCAAGAAGCCCCAGGCCAUCAAGACACCGAACAAGUAUGGCGACACUUGGGUAGUUGGCGACUGGGUCGUGACGGGGAAGAACAAGCAUGGCGGUGUGACCAUGUCGGACAAGGACUCCAACCCCGAAGUCAUCAUCGUCGGGACACCCUUGGACGGGACCAAGAACCCCACAACGUCCAAGAUGGGCGAUCAAUUCGAAGACAUCACCGGGAUCAUCCAGCAGGCCUUCGGCUUCUAUAACAUCCUGCCCCUGACCGCCAUCAAGACGACCGUUUCCGCGUCCGCAUCCGUCUCUCCCACCUCUCUGCGCAGCCAGGGCAAGUGCAAAGCCCUCACGGUUGGCAGCUACAAUGUUGAGAACAUGGCGCCGACAUCGGCCCAUCUGCCCAAAGUUGCCGCCCACAUCGUGGACUACCUCAAGACGCCCGACCUCAUGUUCGUCCAGGAGAUCCAGGACAACAACGGGCCCACGGAUGACGGCGUCGUCGACGCCAACGCCACCCUCGCCGCUCUUGUCGACGCCAUCAAGACCCUCAGCGGCGUGGCCUAUGAAUUCACCGACAUCGACCCGGUCUCUGAUGAGGACGGCGGCCAGCCGGGUGGCAACAUCCGCGUGGCGUAUCUCUACCGCCCGGAAGUGCUGAGCUUAUACAAGCCCAACCCGGGCGGCUCCAACGACGCUACAGAGGUUGUCCCUGCCCCGGGCAAGGGUAAUAAAGGCCUCGGCGGUGCCCCGACCCUCUCGUUCAACCCCGGCCGCAUCGACCCCGCCAAUGCCGCGUGGGAAGCCAGUCGGAAACCCCUUGCCGCGGCGUGGAAGGCCAAGGGGGCGAACAGGCCGUUCUACACGGUCAACGUGCACUGGUCGAGCAAAGGCGGCGGCACGUCGCUGCAUGGCGAUGUGAGGCCGCCCAUCAACGGCGCCGUGCAGGCCCGGAUGGCGCAGGCUAAUGUGACGGGGUCGUUCAUUGCCGAAAUCCUGGCUCUUGAUCCAUCCGCGCGCGUUAUCGCGGCCGGGGACUUCAACGAGUUCUCCUUCGUGCAACCUCUCAAGACCUUCUCGGCCAUGUUUAAGAUGGUGGACAUCGACGAGGCCACCAACGUGCCCGUCGAGGAGCGAUACACAUACGCAUAUGACAUGAACGCCCAAGCUCUCGAUCACAUGUUUGUCAGCCCUGCGCUGGCGCACAGCAAGACCACGCGCGUCGAGCACCUCCAUCUCAACUCGUGGGCCGCCUUCGACGACGUCGUGUCGGAUCAUGACCCGACCAUCGCCUUGGUGGACGUGUGCGGCUGCUGAUCGUGGCGGAAUAAAGCGGAAGGGAAUCAUUUGCUCUGUCGCGCACAGGGGCUCCGGCUUACCCACCCAAUGGGUGUGAGCGGGGUUCGCCGCUUUUUCGCUCGCGCGACCCGGCCCGAAGCAGCCGCUAUGUACGUUAAACACAAUGUCAGCCCCCACUGUUCCACCAUGCCGGGGCGCUUGCGGGCAGAACCGGAUGCACUGGGUGGUUCGCUCACGUCAAGUGACCUUGAAUAUUGAUCGUUUAGGCGAGACGAGGAACCCUCCUUGGGCCUUGAAUGGCCCGGUGCAAGUGAUUAAGAGUCAUACUUAUGUAGCUGAGUUCCUGGCAUAUAUAUAUAUAUAUAUAUACCUAGGCUUUUG